AUGGAUAAAGCAAAGAAGGAUCUGAUGAGUUCUCUGGGUCGGAGCCCCAGGCCUCCAGAUACCAAAAGGGAGGCUUCAUGCCUAGACUGCAGUGCAGGAACAAGUUUGUUGGUUUCUGAUAGCUGCAAACAGGGGCCAAGAAAAUACUUAGAGUUUAGACGAAAGAUGUAUUCUGCCUCCAACAUCUCAAGGGAUGUUUGUGCUGGCCCCCAAAUACACCGUGCUUUGCUGAAAGAGGCAGACCUCGAGCAGCACACCCCUAAAGUCACAACCUUCAGGAUGCCUGAGGAUCUUGGAAGUGUGCUGGAUAAACAAGUGACGGGACCAACCACUGAGAACCUCACCAAGUCAGAUUUCCCAGUACAAUCAUAUACCCCCAAAGUGCAGGUUCCUUAUCACGUGCUUCCAGGGCAGUGCCCUCGGAGCAUUGAAAUAGAGAGGAGGAGACGGCUCUAUCGCAGCUUUGAUAUUGCACAGCUUUUAUCCAGCAAGGGGAUAGACUCCAAUCAGCUCAUGCCAAGGCACCAUGAUCCUGACAAUAUGCCAACUAUUAAGGAUAAGAAAGAUCCUCUCUUUCCUAUCUACCUCCCAUUAAAAAUAUUUGAUGAUGAGGAGUAUGACUGUCGAACUCCAGAGGAGUGGAUCUCACUAGGACUGGAACCAGGAUCUCAUGAUAGAAAGCCAGUGCCUGGAAAAGCACUUUUACCUACAGAUGCUGUUCUUGGACAUGAGGACCCUAAAAACCCGAAAUUAAUCUACCAGUGGAUUGAUGUUGGUGUUCUGGAUUAUGACAAGAAGACAAAGCUCUACUUGGUCCAUAAAACCAAGAAUGGGAUGGUGCGGGAUGAGGAAGGGAGACCCAUCCUCAAUGGACAAGUAACUUCAAGAGGAAGAGCCCCGUUGUUGCCAUGUCAGUACUGGGUGCCACGUGUUCGCCUUUUAUUUCUGGCUGAAGACCCGCGGGUGUUUGCACAGAGAGUAGUUUCUGCUGACAACUUGCGUAAGAAGACACAGGCGCUGCUUCUGUAUAACUUGUAUGUGGACUCCAUGCCCACAGAUGGUCUAAAUAGCAUCAGUGAGGAGAGUCUGCAGAGAAUGGAAUUUUGGGCUAUGAACACUCCUGAACUAAGGAAAGCAGAGAAGAGGAUAUUAGACUGUAUGUGCUGCCUGAAGAAAGAAGUGAGAUUAGACUAUGAACGUACCAUGAACAAGAUUAGUUUUGACAGAAUUGUCGCUUCCAAACCUGAGAUGUUUUCUUAUGUCACCUUGCCAGACAAAGAGGAGGAGAAAGUACCAGAGAAAGGGCUCGUCUGUAUCCCAGGCUAUUCUUUUAAGAAACAAAAGGAAGAUUUCAACUUUGUCUCGCUCCUGAAGAAGCCAGAAGUCAUCCUUCUCCUUACAGAGGUGCACGAUGAGUGCAACAAGGUGGCCGUCAUGUCUCUGUUUAACACAGCCUUGGCCACAUAUGUUUGCUUGGAGGAAUUUGAACAGAUCCAGACCCAGACCUUCACUGAGGUUCAGAUGUUUCUCAAGGAUACCUGGAUUGAUAUUCUGACGACUGCAAUAACGAACAACUUCAAAGAAGCAGGCACAGACUGGUACAAACUGGAACAGACCAACUGGGAUGUCUACCUGCUGUCCAAACUGCGUAAGCUGAUGAACUGCAUCAGAUUCAUGCUUCAGGACUCUCUGAGGUAUCUGGUCCAGAGCUCACUGAUCAGCUUCACCCAGCUUGUGCUGGAUGCUUGCCAUGGUGUCCUGAAUUGCUCACAGGACAUGAAAUGGGGAGAUGACCUCAUCAAUAGUCCCUACAGGCCUCUGAAGAAUCCACUUUUUCUAACAGAUCUUGUGCUGGACACCAGCGGUGUUCACUUCAGCCCCUCUGCGGAGAGCUUUGAGAAGUCCCUCAUUUCUCUGUUUGAUGAGGGGAUCCUGGCAACACACACUGUCCCACAGCUGGAGAAGUAUGUGCUGGAGGACUUAGAUGUAACAGGCACACCUUUGCUUGACUCAGUGGGCUUGCACGAACCAGAAGUGGAAAAAUUACGUGAAACUCUGCGCUCUGCCAUUCAAAUGGCAAUGAUCCCUCUCCAUGCCUAUGCCAAGAGAUAUGAGAUGUUCUUGGAGCUAAAUAACAAUGACAUCCAGUACUUGCUAAGAGACUACGAAGAGCAAUGUCCAUCUGCCCAGGAGAUGAGGGAUACAGUGAGAAGGUACUUGUCAGAAAAGGAGAGCCUGGACAACACUCUGCCUGUUUCUAUUGUCAUUGGUCCCUUCCAUGUCAGCACAGAAGUUGUUAAGCAAAAUCUGACUGCAAAAUACAAAGCGCUUGCCACUUCCCUGUUGGAUAUACUGGCUAAAAACCUUCAUCUGCAGGUGGAGAGUAUCUGCAACACAUAUGAAGCCACCAGCUGCAGAAUGCAUGAGAAAAUGAACAGUAUUGAGGAGCUGAUUGAGCUGCAGGAGUGGAUGAAGAGCGUCCCCAAGCAGCUGGCUGCGCAGGAGGUACUGAUUCGUAAAGUCAUGAAGGAUUACCAGAUCAUGGAGGAAUUCUUUUACAACCUUACCGAUGAACAUUUCAGUGACAAGUGGACUGCAUGUUACUGGCCAUUGAAAAUAAGUAGGCAAGCUGAGUCACUUCAGCAGCAGCACCAGGAGGAGAAAGACAGAUUUCGUAAAAACCAUGUCGUGGAUCAGAAGAGGUUUCAAUACAAACUGGAGGACAUGAAGCUGACUGUAAGUGAAUUUUCCAUCCAGGCGGAUGCUAGCCAAGCUGAUAUAUUGGCUAACAAAGCAAGUGAGGUCAGGAAACAGCUGCAGGAGCUUCAGGAUUUGGCAGCCGUCUACAACAACAGGGAAAGAAUCUUUGGGAUCAAAGUUACUAAUUACGAUGUGCUAUCCAGCAUGGUUAAGGAAUUCCAGGCAUACCAUGACCUCUGGAAAACAGUGUCAGACUGGAUGCAUUAUCAUGAGAAAUGGAUGAAUGAUCCUCUCAUGGAAAUUGAUUCUGAGCAGAUAGAAGAGAUCGUCAAUGACUCUUUUAAGACAAUGGAGAGAUGCGUGAGGCAGUUCAAGGAUUCACCAGCCUCCCAGGGUGUGGCAAUGGAGUUUCAAGACAAGAUUGACAAAUUCAAGCUAUACGUCCCCUUAAUUCAAGGGCUGUGCAAUCCUGGUAUGAGAGAGCGGCACUGGGAUAUGCUGUCGGAAUCUAUUAAGAUGGAUAUCAAGAUAGAUCCCAGUCUGACAGUUUCUCGCUGCUUGGAAAUGAACCUGCUGGACCAUAUCAAGAGCAUCAGCGAAGUAGCUGAGGCAGCUGGCAAGGAAUACGCCAUUGAGAAUGCGCUCAACAAGAUGGAGAGUGAAUGGAACUCCAUAUUUUUUGCUGUGGACCCUUACAAAGACACAGGAACCUUUAUUCUGAAGAACACCGAUGAAGCUUCUCAGCUCCUACAUGAUCACAUUGUCUUGGUUCAGAGCAUGUCCUUCUCACCAUUCAAGAAACCUUUUGAGGAAAGGAUGAACGCAUGGGAAAAUAAGCUGAAGAUGACACAGGCUGUCCUAAAGGAAUGGCUGAAGUGCCAGCAAUCUUGGCUCUACUUGGAGCCAGUCUUUAGUUCAGAGAACAUGAAAAGACGGUUCCCAUUGGAAAGCCAGCUCUACAAGGAAGUGGAUAAGGACUGGAGGGACAUCAUGAAGAGUGCUAAUGAAAACCUUGAGGUGAUUUCUUUGUGCCCUGAUCCUGUGCUACUACAGAAGCUCCAAAAUUGUAACCAGCUACUGGAAGAGGUGCAGCAAGGGCUGAGUGAAUAUCUGGAGACGAAGGGAUUUGUUUUUCCUAAGUUCUCUUUCCUUUCAGAUGAUGAGCUGCUGGAAAUGGUCUCAGACAAAAGAACCCACUGCUGUAUAAAUCAUCUCCACAAAUGCCUUGAGAACAUUGCACAACUACUGUUCCAGGAGGACCUUCAGAUUGCACACAUGUACUCUGCUGAAGGAGAAGAGGUGAAGCUGUUUGGUACCAUCUAUCCCACUGAAAAUGUAGAGGACUCCCUGCUGGAAAUGGAGAAAACCAUGAAGGCCAAUGUAUGGGACAACAUAGAAAGAUCAAUUGGUGUUUAUCCAGAGACUCCACAUACUACAUGGGUCUUGCAAUGGCCUGGCCAAGUGGUCAUUGCUGGCCCUCAGAUUUUCUGGACAAAGGAGGUGUCUGAAGCUCUGGGUUUGGCCAGCAGGCUUUUCCCACAGCUGAGUACUCAGCUGGGCAAUUUGGUUGCCCUGGUCAGUGGAAAACUAUGCAAGAUGCAGCAAGUGGUGUUGUCAGCUCUUACUGUGAUUGAGGUCCACACCAAGGAUAUUGCAGGAAAGCUGGUUGAGGAAAAUGUGACAAGCAUGAAUGAUUUUUAGUGGAUCUCUCAACUCAGAUACUACUGGACAAAGGGGGACCUGUACAUGAGAGCAGACAAUGCUGAAUUUCUCUAUGGCUAUGAGUACCUGGGGAACACUGGUCGUCUGGUUAUUACACCCCUCACUGACAGGCAUUACCUAACACUUACAGGAGCUCUGCGCCUGAAAUUUGGAGGAGCACCUGCAGGACCAGCAGGAACAGGCAAAACGGAAACAACAAAAGACCUGGGCAAAGCACUAGCAAUCCAGACUGUAGUGUUCAACUGCUCUGACCAGCCUGACUUCAUGGCAAUGGGAAAGGUUUUCAAGGGACUAGCCAGCUCUGACAUAUGGGCUUGUUUUGAUGAAUUCAGCAUUGGUAUCGAGGUGCUGUCUGUGGUGGCACAGCAGAUCACAGCCAUUCAGAAAGCACAGCAGCAGAGGGUGGGUUGCUUCAUGUUUGAAGGCACAGAGAUCCCACUGGUCCCAUCCUGUGCAGUCUUCAUCACAAUGAACCCAGGGUAUGCUGGGCAUACUGAAGUGCCGGAUAACCUGAAGGCUCUCUUUCGUCCUGUGGCUGUGAUGGUCCCAGAUUACUCCAUGACUGCUGAGAUCUCAAUCUAUUCCUUUGGGUCUGAUGAAGUCAAAAUCCUUGCAAAGAAGAUCACCACAACAUUCAAACUAUUGUCAGAGCAGCUCAGCUCCCAAUACCACUAUGACUUUGGGAUGAGAGCUGUGAAGAUCUCAAUAGCUGGCAACCUAAAAAGAGAGAAUCCUACUAUUGAUGAGGAUCUGAUCUGCCUGUGGGCUAUCAGGGAUGCCAAUGUACCCUAAUUCCUGAAGGAUGACCUCAUGCUCUUCAGUGGUAUUGUCUCAGAUUUAUUUCCCAAGAUCAAAGAAGAGCUGGUUGCUUACAGCAUCCUGGAAGAAGCCAUUCAUAAAUCCUGCAUCAAAGAGAACCUGCAGGAUACUGAUAGUUUUGUGGCUAAGUGCAUCCAGCUCUUUGAAACUACUGUGGUUUGACAUGGCCUUAUGCUGGUGGGACCAACAGGUUCUGGUAAGGCAAAGGGCUACCAAGUCCUGGCAGCUGCAAUGACAUCACUGAAAGGUCAGCCUGCAGCAAGUGGUGGGAAUUACAAGGCAGUCAGAUACUUUGUACUGAAUCCCAAAUCCAUCACAAUGGACCAGCUUUAUGGAGAGUUCAACUUGCUAACGCAUGAGUGGACAGAUGGGAUCCUUUCCUCACUCCUCCUGCAGAGAGCUGCAGCCACUGCCACCAUCAAGAAGUGGUACAUGUUUGAUGGCCUUGCUGAUGCUUUGUGGAUUGAGAACAUGAACACAGUGCUAGAUGACAAUAAAAAGUGUCUGAGCUCAGGGGAAAUCAUCAAGCUGUCAGAGUGUAUGACCAUGAUGUUUGAAGUCCAGGAUCUGGCUGUUGCUUCCCCUGCUACAGUGUCUCACUGUGGCAUGGUUUACUUCGAACCCAGCAUCUUAGGGCUGGAGCCAUUCAUUGAGUGCUGACUGCAGAAACGUCCAGGCAUCAUGAAGCCCUUCUCACAGCAGCUAUCACCUCUCUUCAAGAUACCUCAAGCCAUUGGCUUUGUCCAGAGGUUUGUGAAGGAGGUAAUUGCCUCAACAGACAGGAUUUUGCUACCUCUAUCACCAUAUUAUAGAAUUAGGACAAUUCCCCAGGAGAAGACAGCUCAUAUCAAAGAGCUGAUUGAACCCUGGUUUAUAUUUGCCUUGAUCUGAAGUGUGGGUGCGACUGGAGAUUCCCAAGGUUACACAGCCUUCAGCUUGUGGCUGAGGGAGAAGAUGGCAAAGGAAAAGAUCCAGUUACUUUCCCCAGAAGAAGGACUGGUUUAUGACUAUAAACUGAAUGAUGCCGGACUUAGCAGUCCUGAAGAUGAUCUGGAUGAGGAGGUCAUUAGGGAGGUGUGCUGGGAGAAGCUGGACCCUACACCAGAGUUCACCAUGGUUCCUGAUACCAACUUCUGUGACAUUAUUGUGCCCGUAACGAACACAGUCCAAACGGCCCAUCUGCUGGAGCUGUUGCUUAUCAACUAUAAGCCAGCUCUCUGCAUUGGUCCCACUGGCACAGGGAAGACUCUCACAAUUACAGACAAGCUUUUGAAGAACUUGCCUCUCAAAUACACUACCCCCUUCCUGAUGUUUUCGGCACGUACCUCUGCUAAUAAAACUCAAGAUCUUAUUGACAGCAAGCUGGAUAAGAGGCAACCCGCCAUCAAGCUGCUGUGGCAGUGGAUGAACCACCGGGGCUGGUAUGACAUGAAUCAGAUCAGUGCUUUUAAGAAGCUGGUAGAUACUAAUUUUGUCUGUGCCAUGGGGCCUCCUGGAGGUAAAAGUAAUGCUGUCUCUCCAUGCCUCACUCAGCAUUUCAACUACCUCUCCUUCACUGAAAAGGAGGACAGCAGCAAGAAGGCUAUCUUCUCCACCAUCCUUGGCAGCUGGAUGGAUGGACUCCUAGGAGAAAAAAGUUACAGAGAUCCAGUGCCAGGAUCACUUGCAGUGAAAGACCUGAACAAGCCCUUGGUUGAUGCCAUUAUUGGCAUGUAUUUGACCAUCACAUCCCAGCUGCUGCCAACACCAACUAAGUCACAUUACACUUUCAACCUGAGAGACCUCUCCAAGGUGUUCUAGGGCAUGCUCAUGGCUGAGCUCAGCACCAUCCAGGACAACCUGCAGCUGCUGAAACUGUGGUACUAUGAGAGCUGCCGGGUGUUCUGUGAUCGCCUGGUCAGCAAGGAGGGCCACAUGUGGUUCAAUAAGCUGAUGAAGAGUAUGAUGGAGGCAUCAGACACCACUUUUGAGGAGGUCAUCCCCUCCCAGCCAGUUCUAUUUGGGGAUUUCAUGGAUCCAGAUGCCCAUAUCAAACUGUACAGAGCAAUUGACAGCAAGGAAAAGCUGAAAGCUGUGAUUGAGGAUUACCUGGAGGAGUACAAUCAAGUCAACAGCCCAGACCUGGAGCUUGUGCUCUUUAUGGAUGUGAUACAGCACAUCUGCCAGAUCAGCCGGAUUCUGCGGCAGGCUCCAGGGGAUGCUCUUCUCCUGGGUUUUGGAGGAAGAGGGAAACAUCUCACCAGGCUAGCAUCUCACAUGACAGAUCAUGAGUGUUUCCAGAUUGAACUGUCCAACAAUUAUGGCAUGACUGAAUGGCAAGGUGAUGUGAAGAUCAUGAUGAAGGUAGACACUGAGAAUCUACCCAAGGCCUUCCUGUUCAUAGACACACAGGUAAGGAGUAUUAGCAUGGUGGACUCCAUCUCAAAAGGAGUGGCCCCAGCUCUGGAUGAAGAGCCAAGGAGUGCUGUGCAGGCUGAGGAGAUGAAGGCCAAAGGAAAGCUCAAACAGCCCAUGCAGUUGCAGGGCUACCUCCAGUAUAUUAAGAGCCUCCCACUCAAUGAUAGCCCAGAGAUCUUCGGUUUACACGACAACGCCAAUAUCACUUUCACUCAGAACCAGAGCUUUGCUCUGCUGGGUACUAUUCUGCAGCUGCAGCCCAAGAUCCUCAUGGUGGGAGGCCGCAGCAGGGAAGAGCUCAUGGAGGAGACUGCCAGGGACAUACUGGAAAUGGUGCCUGCCCCCAUGAACCUGCAGGAGGUGAUCCACAAGUAGCCACUGCUCUAUGAAGAGUCCAUGAACACAGUGCUGGUGCAGAAGGUGAUCAGGUACAACCCCUGUACAAGCUCCUGGGAGGUGGUUGCACAGACACUAAAGGAUCUGCUGAAAGCUCUCAAGGGCCUGGUGGUGAUGUCCUCAAAGCUGGAGCUGAGCAGCAGUUUGUACAACACUGUCCAUGAGAUAUGAAAUGCCAAGGCCUACCCAUCGCUGAAGCCCUUGGCAUCCUGGGUGAACAACAUGUUGCAGCAGAUUGAAUUCCUGAAGAAUUGGAUCAGUCACAGGAUCCCCUCUGUGUUCUGGAUCAGUGGGUUCUUCUUUCCCCAGGCUUUCCUCACUGGGACACUGCAGAACUCCGUCAUCUCCAUUGACACCAUCUUGUUUAGCUUCAAGGUGAUGAAGGAAUCUGUGUGUGAGCCCAGCAACCCUCUCAGUGAAGGCUGCUACAUCCAUGACCUGUUUCUGGAGGGUGCCUGCCGUGACCCCAUCGCAUUCCAGCUGGCAGUCACACCCCAAGGAGCUGUACACAGAGAUGCUGUCAUCUGGCUGCUGCCUGUCCCACACUGCACACCACCAGCCACCCGCUCCUACCUGUGCCCCAUCUACAAGACACUCACUUGUGCAGGUACACAGUCAGCAACAGGCCACUCCACCAAUUACAUGCUUACUGUGGAGAUCCCUACAGACAAGGCACAUAAGCAUUGGAUCAAACAGGGCAGUCUUAUCUGUGCCCUGAACUUCUAG